GCUAAGAAAGUGACAUUUGCUGAGGACGUUAAACCUGCGGCCACAGAAAAUGCGGAAGCGGAGCAGGGACCCGUACCUGUAGACGGCGUGAUAGGCCAGCUGGAGAUUCAUCGCAGCGGAGCAGUCAAGAUGCGUUUAGCGGACGGCAUCGUUAUGGAUGUUUCGGCCGCAACGCAGCCUUCGUUCCUCCAGCAAGCCGUGCACAUUGACCCAGCGAAGAAAAACAUUAACGUGCUUGGAGAGGUCAGUCGGCGAUUCGUUGUUACUCCCGAUAUCGACACACUUCUUUCGGCCAUGUUGGAAGCUGAACAGCCAGCGGUAAAUUUUGACGACUUGGAGUUGAUUGCAAUGGAUACGGCAUGA